GAGUCGCAGGACGAACACCCUCCUCAACGACAGCACCCCCAGAGGCCAAGAGCGGCGGCGGCAGCGGCAACGACGGCGGCGGCGGCGGCGGCAGCAGCAGCGACGGCUGCGGCGGUGGCAGCGGCAGCGACGGCUGCGGCGGUGGCAGCGGCAGCGACGGCGGCGGCGGCGGCAGCGGCGGUGGCGACGGCGGCGGAGUCAGCGACUGCGACAGGGGAGGCAGAGACACCGGGGAAGGGGGACUUGGCAAGGACGGGGCGGGGGUGCCACCAGAGUCAGCAGACUCCUCAACGGGGACAAUCGAUGGGAGGGGAGUGACGAGAGACACACCAUACGCGGCA